CGCCAGCACGGGCCCGGCAUGGCCAUGGCAUGGCCCGAGUUCGAGGCAUGGAGCCCAGAGUGGGAGGAACCGAGCCCCAAAGCGCCACCACCGGGGCAGGAGGAGGAGAAGGUGCCGCUGAAGAGCAUCCGCUUGGCCCCGAGCAGUGCGGCCGAGGCGCCGGCGCCGGUUCUGGGCCAGCGGGUUCGGGCCAUUUACGACUACACUGGGCAGGAGCCGGACGAGCUGAGCUUCACCGCGGGGGAGGAGCUGACGAAGCUGGAGGAGCAGGACCCCCAGGGCUGGUGCAAGGGGGUGACGGACGGGGGGCGCGUGGGGCUGUACCCUGCCAACUACGUCCAGCCGGUGCCCUGACCUCGGAGCCCCUCUCCGCGGGGGGCUGCACCCCGCCACCCACCGUCAGCUGCGGCAGGGAUGGGAAGGGGGACCCUGCCCCGACGCCCCCGAACCCUACCCUGCUGACCCCCCCCAACAGCCAGCCCCUCCUUUCCCCAAGUGGCCGGGGGGGCUGUUGGGGGAGAUAUCUCAGGAUAGCAGGUGACCCACCCACCCCCCAGGCCCACUUCAGCCCCAUGUCUGCCACCCCCAUGACCCCAUCUACGAUCCCCCCCCAGGUCCCCCAUGUCUGGGACACCCCAAACUCCUACAGAAACAACAAUAAACUCUUAACAUCC